CAUGCCAAAGAUUUCAGAUCGGUCAGCAGCAGCAGCAGCAGCAGCAAAAGCUCGGCUCGCGACUCGCGGAACUUUUUUGAGAAGUUGUACGCCCAAAUACCAGAUCUAAGCAGCCCUAUAAAUAUUGAUUUUUUGCACGUUGCCUAUCGUAGCCGACUUAAUCGUUCGACUGGACGCAGUCGGUUUCUUCAGUCGCGCGUUUCACCGGCGGCUUUUUGCAGGGCGACCGCGAUCGUGCAACACUUAAAGUGUGAUUUUUUGUUUGUUGUGUGACGACUAUUCAUUGAUAUUUAAAUACAUACAGCUGGAGUGACUGUAUAAUUGGAAUUGUGUAAAUCAAGUGCUAUGUGCAAAAUUCUCCAAAAGCUAAGCCUACCAUUUAUUCUACUAUAUCACCAAAAGUAAUCCGGCAAAUACACCAUAUUUCUAACCACAAUCAAUAAACCCUAAAAAUAAAUAAAGUUAACUUUAUAAAAAAAAUCGUUUGAAAAUAUAAUAUUUUCGAAUAUUACUAAAAGUAUUUUUAAAAUAAAAUAUAAAGUCUUUCAACAUACAUAUUCGCUAAACAGGGGCUUACAAAUUUAAAGUAAACCAGCAAACACAGAAAAGUGAAACCUAAAGUCUUAUAUUUCUCAGUAAUCUACAGACAAAUAUCUACAUAAACAUAAAUACCGAAACUUAUCCAUAAUCAAAUUCAGAUUUAAUCGCAACGUUAAUACUUAAAGCUCCCAAAUAAGACAAGUUUUAUUAAUAUACACUCUUGAAUGUUAAAUAACUAACAAUCCCAGUGAUUUAACCAGAAACACUUAGUAAUCGAUUGCAGAAAAUGCUUUUUAAAUUAGCUUAAAACACGGGAAAGUAAACUAAGACACUCGAACUUUUAUCAAGGAUACCAGAAGCAGCAGACAUGGUUUCGGAGGAGAACUGGAACAGCGACACAAUGUCCGACUCGGACAUGAUCGACUCGAAGAACGACGUGUGCGGGGGGGCCUCCAGCUCCAGCGGGAGUUCCAUUUCGCCCAGGACGCCGCCCAACUGCGCCCGCUGCCGCAACCACGGCCUGAAGAUCACCCUGAAGGGACACAAGCGGUACUGCAAGUUCCGCUACUGCACUUGCGAGAAGUGCCGCCUGACGGCGGAUCGCCAGCGGGUGAUGGCCCUGCAAACGGCCUUGAGACGAGCCCAGGCGCAGGACGAGCAGCGGGCGCUGCACAUGCACGAGGUGCCGCCCUCGGGAACGGCCACCACAACCCUGCUGAGCCACCACCACCAUGCCGCUGCUCCCGCCCACGUCCACGCCCACCAUGUGCAUGCCCAUCACGCCCACGGACACCACUCGCAUCAUGGACACGUCCUGCACCACCAGCAGGCCGCUGCGGCAGCAGCAGCCGCAGCAGCAGCUCCGUCGGCUCCGGCCUCCCAUCUCGGGGGCUCCUCCGCGGCCGCCUCCAGCCUCCAUGGCCACGCCCAUGCGCACCACGUCCACAUGGCGGCCGCCGCAGCCGCCUCGGUGGCCCAGCACCAGCACCAGAGCCACCCACACUCGCACAACCACCACCACCACCAGCACCACCACCCACAUCCGCAUCAGCAGGCGCCACCGCAGCACACCGCGCUGCGAUCGCCGCCGCACAGCGAGCAUGGCGGAAGUGUGGGUCCGGCCAGCAGCAGCUCCGGCGGAGGAGCGGCCAGUUCCAGCAACGCCGCACCGGCCACCUCGAGCAACGGCUCCAGCAAUAGCAAUGGAGGGGGAGGAGGAGGAGGAGGUGCAGGUGGAGGUGGAGGAGGAGGAGGUGGUGCAGCCAGCUCGGGCGGCGGGGCAGCAGGAGGAAGGUCCUCGGGCACCUCGGUGAUCACCAGUGCCGACCAUCACAUGAGCACGGUGCCAACGCCCGCCCAAUCGCUGGAGGGCUCCUGCGACUCGUCCUCGCCCUCGCCAUCAUCCACUUCCGGCGCCGCCAUUUUGCCGAUCUCAGUUUCCGUCAAUCGCAAGAAUGGCGCCAAUGUGCCCUUGGGCCAAGACGUUUUCCUAGACUAUUGCCAAAAGCUAUUAGAGAAAUUCCGCUAUCCUUGGGAGCUGAUGCCGCUCAUGUAUGUGAUAUUGAAGGAUGCAGACGCCAAUAUUGAAGAGGCUUCCCGGCGAAUCGAAGAGGGCCAAUACGUUGUGAAUGAGUACUCCCGUCAGCAUAACUUGAAUAUCUAUGACGGGGGUGAGCUUCGCAACACAACGCGGCAAUGUGGAUGAUAAUUUUUCAUUAACUAGAGUAACGCACAUUACUUUGCCCUGAUAUUUAUUGUUCAGCAUCGCAUAUUAGCUUAAUGCUUCGGUGAAAUCGCGCGAAUUUAACUUUCGUAUCUUAAAGUUGAGUAACUUAGCGUUUUAAGGAGCGGUACCUCUGUACAUAUAUCGAAUUUAUCGGUAAGCUAAAGCGCAACUUGGAUUAUCUUCAAUCAACAAGCCAAAUAUGUCGAUGUGUGACCGCCGGUCCCCGCGUCACUUUUCUUCAAUCAACAUUACCCCAUGCUGAGAUGUCUGAGAUGGCCGCCAAUCAACAAUCAACAAUCAACAUUCAACAUCAUUCUCUUCUCUUCAAUCAACAAUCCCCCAUGGAACUAAUCAACUUGCAACAAAACCCUUGCCGCCAACGAAUAAAAAUAAUCGAAGCACAAUAUUUAUUAAACGUUCUCAAACAUUUUCAAAAAAACCAAUGCCAAAUCAACGAUCAACAUUUCAACACGUUCGCAUCACAAAUCUGCACAUCGGUUGUAUAGCUUUAGUUCAACCUUAUUUAAGUCUUAAUUUCUGGGUUUGGGUGUGAUAUUUCGGUCAAACGAAAAUCGCUGUCUAAUUAAAGCCAUUAAAAGCGCCUCACGUCAGUCAUUCGUGUUAUUUUAACUUUACUUAAGUACUUAACUGAAUCUAAGUACAAAGUGAUGUUUUUGAUCAACUGCACUCAAUUGAAAAGCAAUAGGAAACUAAGUUAAAGACCCAUUCAAUUAGGCUUACAAGCUAAUCUCAAAUUUCUUCUCUGCGUGUGAAUUUGUAUCUUAGCAAGGUACUUACAAAGUAACCCUUGAAGUAAUGUAUGCAUGUUUCCUGGGGUCUUGGGUAUCAAACUGUUGUGAGAUGGUGCACAAAUUAUAAAUACGUUUAGGUUACUUUAUCGAUGUCUUGCGAAACUCUAAUUGUAAUAUUUAAUAACAAAAUUAAUUCUCAUUAACAUUGUAAAAUAUUGUUACAAACUUAAGUAAGAUUUAGCCCAACGGAAUAUUAUAAAAAGGAUAAACCUGAAAUGUCAAAAAUAAACUAUUUUCCUUAAACAAAAAA